AUGCAGCGAGGAGGCAGCCGAGAUGUGCGCUUUGCCGAUGACGACAGUGAUUACGAGUAUGAGCGCACCAGCUUCAUAUACCGGCCGCUCUCCAGAUUGCCCACGCCACCCCCGACCUUGAACAAGUCGUCAUUCGCAGACCAAUCGCUCGAGGAUGAUGACACGCUGAACCCGCGAUAUCGAGGUCCCGCCAUCCAUCUCGUGAAUCUGAUUCCCGCAUCGGCGUCGCUGGCGAGCGCCUCGGUGCCCUUCGUGCAGGCCAUGCUAUCGCGGGCUGAUCUUUCCAUGGAGGAGCUGGCGCUGGCGGUUUGCAUUCUCGACAGCCUCGACACCAAAUUUGCGCGAACAUGGCGGCUCUCAUGCCCGCUCUCGUGUCCUAUGCGCUCUGACGAUCACGAUCUGGACUCGCUCACCGUGACAUCACCGGCGCUCAUCAAGCGGCACUCACUCCCUUCGACACCGCGCGACGCUCCCCGCCAACAGCUUCACAUCGAUUCCGUACGUCCCGAAGUCAUCAUACUGGCUGCCCUUAUAAUUGCCGCAAAGUUCACGCGGGACUCGCAGCAGCCACCGGACUUUUACCGUCUUGCAUGGGGCCGCGGCCUAUGGUCAAACAAGCAGCUCAACUUGACGGAGCUGCGUAUGAUGGAGAGCCUGGACUACCGCAUCUUGCCGCUGUGCGACGAAGACUGCCUCACGGAUGCCAUGGUGGACAUGCAACUUGCUGGAGAGCUAGAAGAGUCAGGAUUGCGAUGGAACACGGCUCGCGAGCCCACGCCUCCGGAUAGCGCAGCAGGCAGCGAGUGCGAGUUUGUGCCGAGCCACAACCGCUCCAAGACGCUUGGAGUGGCUCUGCUAGACGGGUUUCGAUGA